UUUCCGAAAUAUUUGAAGACAGCCAUCCACAAAAAGAGCUCCAGGAUGAAUGCAAUGCGACAGUUCUACAUGGAAGUGCCCAUAGUGACAAGGGCGUAUACUACAGUCUGUGUACUCACAACGUUGGCGGUGCACUUGGAUUUAGUCUCGCCGCUUCAGUUGUACUUUAAUCCCACACUGAUUGUACGCAAAUUUCAAAUCUGGCGUCUGGCCACCACAUUCCUAUACUUUGGUACCAUUGGCAUCAGUUUCUUCUUCAAUAUGAUAUUCACCUAUCGCUAUUGUCGCAUGCUGGAGGACGGUUCCUUCCGCGGGCGCAGCUCCGAUUUCGUGAUGAUGUUCAUCUUUGGCGGCGUGCUGAUGACAUUCUUUGGCAUCUUCGUCAAUCUGCUGUUCCUCGGCCAGGCAUUCACGUUAAUGCUGGUCUAUGUGUGGUCCAGGCGCAAUCCUUUGGUGCCCAUGAACUUCUUCGGUGUGCUCAACUUUCAGGCGCCGUAUCUACCUUGGGUACUCCUCUGCUGUUCCAUGAUAUUGGGCAAUACCAUUUGGGUUGAUAUCAUUGGCAUGGGAGUUGGCCACAUCUACUAUGUGCUCGAAGAUGUCUAUCCCCACCUAUCAAACGGCUUCCGACUGAUUAAGACGCCGUAUUUUCUUAAAAGACUUUUCAAUGAACACAUUGAACGCAAUUACCAAGCUGCUGCCGAAGAUCGCCCUGGCGGCUUUAUGUGGGGCGGCGAGGGUCAGCCAGUGGAGCCAGAUGCACCGGCCGAGGCCAAUGAAGCACCAGAUGCAGCUGAGCAGCCCGCAGCAGCGGCAGCGCAAUAACAAAAA